AUGGUUGACCCCGACAAGGUCAAGGCAAUAACUGACUAUCCCAUCCCAAAAACAGUAAGACAAUUGCGACAAUUCUUAGGUCUAGCUGGGUGGUAUAGGCGCUUUGUUGCGGACUAUGCCUCAGUCACAUUUCCCUUGACGGAGCUCUUAUCGAAGAAAAAAUCCUUUGCUUGGAAUCCCGAGGCCCAAAAAGCAUUUGAGACUUUGAAGCAAAGCUUGACCACAGCUCCCUUCCUUGCCCAUCCUGACUACAGCAAACCAUUUAUCGUGCAAUGCGACGCCAGUAAGUACGGAGUAGGGGAUCUAUUGGCUCAACAGGACAUAUGUGGGGAUGAACGUCCAAUAGCGUUCAUGUCUCACAAAUUGAACCGAGCCCAGAGAAACUACUCCGUUACUGAACUGGAGUGCCUGGCUGUGGUGCUUGCUAUAAAGAAAUUCCGUUCUUAUAUUGAAGGACAGCAAUUUACGGUGGUAACGGACCAUGCCAGCCAUAAAUGGCUCAUGAGCCAAAAAGAUCUUAGUGGAAGAUACGGUCUCAAACUUGCAAACAAAUGUUGUUUCGAUUACUAUGUUCCAAAAUCUGUACUAAGAGAAGUAGGAACAAUGGCUUCUUAUAAUCAAAGUGCAGAAGACUGGCUCUUUGUUUUUGAUAAUACGUAA